GUGCUUUUGUCUGUGCUGCACCCAACCGAUGUCUGCACUUUACACGUAGUUACAAGUAAGAAGGCCAUGACCCAUACGAGCUCCCCACGCUGUAACAAGCUCUGAUAGGCAGGACGAACAGCUGCUUCUCCUACCACCGUUAAUUUCUGGACUGUUUUCCUACGGGUGGUGGUGGGCUGGACAGAGUGUGAGCGCAGAACCGGAUGUCGGAGGCUGUGUUCGCACGAAAAAAAAUGAAACAACAAUACCGUGGCGAGGAUGGGAUGGGCGAAGGCCGGAGGGGACAAUUGUUUUUCGGUGCAUCUCAUCUGGGACGAAUCAUUGGACCGAUGCCAUCCCCCCGGCUCGUUCCCGCCAAUCCUGUUGACAAGAAGGCUAGGGGGGAAAGGAAAGAACAUGGCGUCCAUCUCUCUCUCUGCCCACCCCCGAGCAGGCAGCGAAUGUGAGGCCCGAUGUUGGUGAGGAUGUGAAGUUAUUAUCCCCGUUUUCUCCCCAAGCGUGAGGGCGGUAACGCACAGCAGUCCACCCAUGGUAACAAACCCACACCAGACGUAAUUAUUUGAGGCUCUGCUUUGUUGAUGAUGAUGAUGAUGAUGGUGAUGGGUGGAUGGGAGGUGGCGAUAGGAUUGUGAAAGCUCCUAAGCGACCCUGCAAUCUGCCUGGUGAUGAUGGAACGACAGCGGGAAUGGUUUCUGUUUCGGAGGACAUGAAUGGUCAUUUGGCCCUCAUUCAUUUACUGCGGUAUUCCUGUUGCUUCUUGUUGUGUCUGGGUCUGUUUACUCCCAAUCCUUCUCCCCUCCCGCCAGUGCAUUCGUCUGCCUCCUUUUCCUGUGAUAUUGUUUCCCUCCCAUUCCUCCUUCCACUCCUACCUGCCCUUCCUCGUCUUAGCCUCAUCCCUGGGGUACGGUGUAUAUAUAUUCCCACUUCCCUUCCCCCUCCAUAAUCCUCAUACUUGCUUCACCGCAGAAACCCCUCCACCGCUAUUCCCAACUCGGUCCAUUCCAUUCACCACGAGCACGACAACUGGUUGUUGUUUACAGUGCGGGCCUCCAACCGGCAGCAGCAACAAGCAGGAGAAUCAAGCAAUCACCCAUCUCACCAGCCAGGAAGAAGAAGAAGAAGGUUGGCCUCUGUGCCCACCCGAAAUCCGUCCGACAACCCUCCUUGGAGCACGGUACGAGUACCCUGGGAACCCGUGCAAGAGCCUCCUCCCCCAACAAGAGGGAAAAAGAAAAGAAGAAGAAAAAAUAGAAAUCCGGUAGGCAGAAGGGGAGGGGAAAAAAGCAAAGGCCUGCAGUAGUAGAGUAGCGUUAAAAGCACUCAAUCAGUCAGUCACCUAGUUACUCAGUCAGUGCCACGGACACUGACAGAACGGGCAGGAAGGGUAGACAAUUACUGUCUCGAUAUAUCGCCCACUCAAUUCUCUCAUUUUCUUCCGUCAGCCUGUUUGCAGGAAGAUACAGGGAGAGGACGGCGUGAAUCAUUGGGUUGCUGGAAAUCGCUUUCUGGGUACAGCAGCUUCUAUCCUCGACUACCGGUAGCCCCCGGCAGCGUCAGUCAGUCGACCUUCCGGCCGUUCAGAUCUCUGCUCUUCUCCCGCAACAAGCAGGAAAUACUUGCAGGGGCACGCACGUCCUCCUCAAUCAGCCCCUUCUUGCUCGCCGCCCCACACCCUCCAAAUUUGGGGCGUGGGAUCCUCUCCCUCCCACACCUGUCUCAAACUCGCUUUGCCUCUGGCACACCUACAGUAACGCACGCGAUCUGCCGCGAGCCAUCGUGAUCUGUCCGUCAAAAGGGGCCUCCUUCCCCGUCCCAUCUUGAUCCUGAACGGUCAUCUUGAACACCCCAUCUCUGCUAUCUCCAGCCAUCUUCUCGCUCAUCCACCUAUCCGCCCACAGCAAACCCCCCCCUCCAAAAAAAUAAUUUUAAAUUAAAUUAAAUCAAAUUCAUUCACCCAUCCCGUUAGCACCUACUCCAUCCCUUCAUCCCCCUUCGUCCCAAUCCUACUAUUCUCUCCACCAAAAUAAUAUCUCUCAACCUGCCUGAACCACUUUCCCCUCUACACGCUCUAAUGCCAAUGAGUACCCAUAUCUUGAGGGCGGGGUCCCAAUCCCUUCACCACCAUCCCGCUUCCCUCAAUACAAGCUCAGCAAGAUCGUCACAACGCUCAUCUCGAUCACGAUUUCGCCAGGGCCGCUCAAGAGAGAAGGGAAUACCAAUUUUUUUGACCCUAGCGAUUGCCGGUGAGUGGAAUUGGAUAUUCCUCCUUUUGUCUUUAUCUUCGCUUUUCCACCAUCUUCCCCGGAAACCCGAGUUCUUGAUCACGUGAAGACAGGAGAUUAACAUUUCUUUUCACUCCGGUAGAAAUCCGACGGAAAUAUCGGAUGCUGGAACUAUUACAGGAAGAGCGGCUGCAUGAGAGCCGCCGCCCCGGCGAAGAUACGCAGUGGAAAAUCGACGAUAGCGAUGAAGUCACGGAGCGAAAUAGAUACUCCAAUAUUGCAGCCUGGGACAGUAACCGAAUACGACUACGGGUGCCCGCGGAACACUGUGACUAUAUCAAUGCUUCCCCGAUAGUUUUGAAGGGUCGGAAUGGGUUGGUAAAGCGGUAUAUCGCUACACAGGUGCGUGAUAGGAAUGCGGGUGGCGCCGCCUUGGUGUUUACCCCAAGAUGUGGGGCUGAAGAAGUUAAGCUGACGUGUGUUUCUUAAUGCGUUGUUUAGGGACCAAGGGAAGGCCAAUUCAACCACAUAUGGCGAAUGGUCUGGCAGGAGACUUCCGAUGUUGCUGUGAUAGUCAUGCUCACGAAGACUUUUGAACUGGGACGGGAUAAAUGCUUCCAAUACUUUCCCGAAAAGCUAGACGAUACGCCUUGGACUGUCGAUGGUGAUGAGGAGUUUGGAGACGGUUUCAAGGCGACGAUAAGGCUUUUGGAGAAGACCAAGGAUAAGCGAAGUUCAUGCACUGUGCGAAAAAUUUCGUUGAAGGUUGGCGAGAAGGAGAAGAUUGUCUGGCAUCUGUUGUUUAAAGGAUGGCCGGACUUUAAUGUUCCCGAGGGGGACGAUCGAAUCGCGUUAUUGGAGGCAAUAAAGCUGGCCAAUGAGAAGAACAGUGGCCCCCACAACCCGCUGAUUGUCCAUUGUUAGUAACUCUCUUGAGCAAAAUUUUAAGGCUGAACAUCACCUAACCCUUAUCUUUUUUUAGGUAGCGCCGGAGUUGGCCGAUCAGGAACCUUUAUCACCCUGGACCACUUUCUUCGCGAAAUGGAUGCGGGCGCUAUUUCCGUCGAUGAGCGUGAAGAUCCGGUUUUUGAGGUGGUGAACCAGCUUCGCGAACAAAGAAUGUACAUGGUGCAGAGUCAGGUCCAGUAUGAAUUCUUGUACCAAGUACUGAGGGAGCGGUUCCAACGGCGAGCAAAGUCGGCUUCGCCGCCGAUACUUCCCUUGGAUGACCCGGCAGAGAUGGAUUCGGAGUUCGAGAACGGCCAAGGCGGGGUGCGGUUGCAUUAACUCUGCUAGCGGCUCUUGUCUGAGUAUGCGGGGGUGCCAACCUCUUUUUUUCAUCUUUUCUGUUUGGCUGUUUGCACUUGGCGUUUAUUCUGUAUCACUUUUGCUUGUAUCCCUUGGGUUGCAUCAGCUCGCGGUUAAUUGUGAUUUUUUUCCCUAUUUAUUUUGUCUCCUUCUGUGAUUGCGGUAGGGAAAUGGAGGGGAUAAAGGCACAGGAGUUUUUUGUUUUUUUUGUUUGAAAUUGCUUUUUCCUUGCUAUCUGUCCAUGGUCACUCGAACUCUUCCCCCCAUACCUGCCUGCCAUCUUCAUCCAUUUACUAUUUCCUAUCGAGUACUUGGCCCCUUUUUAUACCUCACCCUUUAGUGGACAGUUCGGAAGGUGGAUUCGCACACUGGGAUGGUCUAAAACAUGACAGCCAUGAACCACCCCAAUUAAUCAAAACCUAAUCAAAACCUG